AUGGCGCUGAAUGAAGUGGUGUUGUCUUUGCACAGCGUGCAUAACGUUAAGCAUAGUCCCGAUGAGUCCUACUAUGGUAUGGCCACCAACCACACCCAAGAGGCGGAGUUGGCGGUGACAUCUGCACGACCUGCAAAGUUUAAAGUGGGUCGAGAGAGCAUCGUCUCUUUGCGCAUCUUUCUGCAUUUGCGCGGAAAGAAUGGUAAAGAGGAUAGGGCUGUUGGACAAGUCUCAAUACCAAUCCGCGAGAUGCUGGAGAUUUGUGGCCCCUGCAUUCAUCACACAUGGCUACUGCUGGAUCCAUAUGCGGCCUAUGGCAGCCAACCAAGGAGCCAGGUGGCUGGACAUUUCCGACGGGCCUUCUCGGAAGUUUCUGCCAAGCUUCAUAGUCCACGGAUUUGCAUUUCCUUGAUGGAGGUGACUGUAGAGCCCAGCAAUUGGGUGAAUUCAGCACAGGAUUUGCAGCGGGCCAGGUGCCUAAGGCUCAUUAGAUCAGAAUCAGCAGGAGCCCUGGGCUCUAUCGGUGACCUCUUCACUUCCUUGGGGGCACCAGCUGCUGAGUUGAGCUCUGAAUAUGGCGAGUUGAAGGAACGAAUCCGUCCAUCGCCGGAUGUACUGCGCGCGUCCUGGGAAAGGCUGCAGCAGUCUGUGGCUGCGGAAUCGGCAGAGCUUCGCAGCUUGGGAAGCGAUGCUGUGCCCAAGGUGGACUUUGCCGAGCUAGUCGAUGGUUCUUUCCCAACAUCUGUAGCAGAACAGAUCCGAAAAAGAGGGUGCGUGGUGGUUCGAAACGUCGUGCCCAGCGAAGAAGCCAUUUCAGCCAAAGGCGCUGCUGAAGAGUACAUUGCUGCGAAUCGUGAAAAGUUGAUAGGCUUUCCUCGUGAUCAACCGAUGGUAUGGGAAGUUUACUGGUGCAAAGAACAGAUGAGGAUGCGCGAACAUCCCAACAUGCUGGCGACACAGACAGCUCUGAAUCGCCUCUGGCACUGCGAGAACCAUGAAGUGGAUGUGGACAGACCGUUGACCUACUGCGAUCGCUUGCGAAUACGAAAGGCGGGAGACAGCAGCUUCACUCUAGGGCCUCAUGUGGAUGGUGGCAGUACAGAGCGCUGGGAAGAUGCUGAGUAUCGCAAGGUCUAUCGCGAGAUCUUCCAGGGACGCUGGGAGAACUAUGACGCCUUUGAUGCCACGCAUCGAGCCAGCGCCAGCUAUGACCUGUAUGGCAAAAACUUGGGCGCCUGUAGCAUCUUCCGUUCCUUCCAGGGAUGGCUGUCCUUGACUUCUGCAGGGCAAGGCCGGGGAGCCUUGCUCCUGGCGCCCAUCCUGCGGGAGGCCACCGCAUAUUUGAUGCUCAGACCCUUCAUGGAGGACGUGCUGCCCUCCAGCUUUUGUGGAGCGAAUCCUGGAAAGGUCCAGGAUCUAUUUCCAGAGUUCCAUCAGCAGCUGAUUGACUGCUUGGUGCCCAUCCCAGAUGUCCAGCCAGGUGAUACAGUAUGGUGGCAUUGUGAUCUCAUCCAUGCAGUGGAGGGCGUACAUGGUGGGUCCGAAGAUGCAGCAGUGUUUUACAUCCCUGCAGUUCCUUUCUGUGAAAAGAACGCUGCAUAUGUCCAAGCACAGGCACAAGCCUUCAAAGUGCAUCAGACGCCUCCAGACUUUCCGGCCAACCACUGUGAGGUGAAUUGCGUCGGGCAAGGCACCGAGGAUGAUUUGAGCCACGAGGGGCGAAGGGCCAUGGCUCUGUGA